AGCCAGAGGCCGUGUGACAUUCAUUUCAUAUGGGGCCAUAUCUUUCCUUUCUGACGGACUAGCGCAUCGCUCGCCAGUCGAUGACGUUCGUUUAGCCCACGGCGGUCGCCCCGCCCCCCGUGUCUCUCUCACUGAGUCUGCACACCACACACGCAGGGCACUGCAGUGAGCAGACACACACACACACGCACACACCACACGAAUGCUGAGGUCACCAAAAUUCCCUUCGUCUGUCGAGGGCGUCGCUGCGAUGCACUCAGUCAGACAGACCGACACUAAUGCGAAUCGCUCCCGCACUCGCGAGUACCACACCAACUGAGAUCAUUUCACCUGAGGGGGGCUGGCCGGCAAAACACUGCCGGCCCUGCCUUUCUAUCACAAUCAACGCACGUACGUCACACACACACGUGCGCAUCGCUACGAUCCCAAUCGCCCGGCCGCUCGGUGUCUCACUUGGCCACACACACCAGCAAGAAAAGGAGAGGACGCAGCCGCACAGUCAGUGUGCUCACACACUGAUGGCCGUUGUGUGUCGUCGACCGGGCUGAUGAAGAAAAAAAUCAGUGAAUGCCCAAAGAGAUAGAGGCAGACAGUGACCUCCCCCCUAUUCACCCAUUGUGUGUGGUGGGACACGUAGUUACAUCAUAAAGCAAAAAGAUAACACUUCUACACACACGCAUUCAAAAGUACAUGUAUGCCGACGCACACACCAACAGCAAGGAACAAAACGAUAGUAAGAACAACCAAGCACACACACACACACACACAUACAUUCAAGGAAGCCCCUCGGCCCCUCGGUGCCUCACUCAGCCCCUCACUGAUUUCGUCAUUCGGAGAGUAAGAGAAGAUCAGUCAGUGACCUCCACACGUACCAGUAUACCAGAAAGUGAGGAGUGGGUCGGUAAGACAAGCUCGUCCCCGAGAGCAUUCCUCUCGGCACCGCCCGUUUUCGCCUGCCUCUGACUCUGAUUGUCGAGCUGACGUUGUGUGAAUUGCAUGGGCGGCGGCAACAAGUGCGCAGAACUCAUCACCACACUCGCCAGCCAACCGGCCAGCUAUGCAUGGAGUGAAUGGAUAGAUUGACCUGUCUGUGUGUCUGUGUGUCUAUGGAUGCAGCAAAAAGAGUCGACAUCCGUCCCUUAGGUGGACGUCCCAGCAGCCGCUUCAGGCCCUCCAUAUCUCCACCGCUUGAGCGACCGCCCGACAGGCUCCUUCUCGCAGAUGGACCGGAAGAUCCGGGCGGGGUUGUCUGCCGCCGAACAGGGCUCGUCGCCCCACACGCCGUUCUCAGAGGGCAGGGCGAAGCGGGGCGGGUGCGCCACCGCUAUGUAAUAUGCACACCGCUGAUUCUCGUUGUCCCAAUUGUCAGGCUGAACCACCUACAGGAAGGAAGGAAGGAAGGAAGGAAGGAAGCAGCACACAACAAGCUUUGAGUCGCUCUUCGAUCAACCACUGCAAUAAUCACUCACUUACCCAUUGGCUGUACCAAAAGGUCCCUCCAAAGUAGAAUGGCGCGUCUGUGCCGUCGAUAAACUGCCACGCGGCGGGGUUUGUGCUGUCCCGUCCGGGAACAAACCCCUACACAUACGCACAUACACACACACACACAUACGUACGUAUCCACAGGCGCAGCAAAACAGGAGAGAGGGAGGGUUACACUAACAGGCCAUGGAUACGCAUGUGUCGUUCCCCUGCUUACGGGCUUCAUUUCGACGCCGAUGAACCACUGCGUGUGCUGUGAUAUGGUCGCCUUCAUACUGGCUUCCAACACCAAAGCCUUCAGAGUCGCCAUUUCAGCCUGCACACGUUCAAACAAGCAGGCAACACACGGAUGAUUCGUAAUUCCCUCAGCCAUCAGAGCAUUUGCCGUCCGUCGGUGGCUCUGUGCGUUGCUUACCUGGUUCCGUGGCAUUGCGAGGUGUGCUCCCAUGGAUUCACAGUGGUUCCUGGCCGAGUACCAGUCCAUGAGGCGAAAGACACGUAGAUAACAACGCCCGCUGGCGAAAAUCCAUCCGCCCCCCCCGCACUCGCCACUCCCACCACGAGGGGGAACCGCGGGUGCUGCUUGAUGUCCAGGAGGGGCAGGUGCUGGUGCUGGUGCUUGUUCUGGUAGUGGUGGUGGGGGUGCCCAGUGUGGUGGCGGAGGCGCAGGGGCGGGUGCCGCCGGCGGCCCUGAUUUCAUCCACCCACAAACAUCGCAGACACAUCAGCAUGAGGCAGGCCGAUGAUAAAAGGACGAAUCAACUCGAGCAAAUGAGAGUCGAGCUCUGCUGGGCUGCCUGCCUGCCUGUACUGUUGGUUGUUGUCUGCCCUAUAUGACGUGGAUAGUCUCAUGUAUGUCCGUGUGCCUACCUUGGGCAAGUAGCGGCAUCCAGCAUAUGAGGAGCACGCCCACCAGCGCAGGGAUCAGUCCAUUGACUCUCCCGCAGGCCAUCGUCACCCACACGACUCUCGUGGAAAACUACCCUUCGUACAUGGUGGUAAAUUCGACGAGCCGUUUG